GCACGUGCGUAGAAUGUGGGUGAAAAGCCCUAGCGCGCUGUUUGAUAGGAGUUUGCCACUGCACGAGGGCGGAACUGUCUUCUGGAGCAAAAGGAGGUAAACAAAGAUGAGCAGUAAUGCAGCCAGCCCCAUGUCAAGCUUUGCUUCUUCAAGUGCCGGAAGAGGAUCUGGAAAACCGACAAGUUUUGUUCCUGAAUUACAAAGCAUGAUGUUUGCUCUGGGGGAUGCCCGGCGGCCUCUCCAUGAGACGGCCGCUUUAGUGGAAGACAUUGUUCACACCCAACUCAUUCAUUUGUUACAGCAAGCUGCUGAAGUGUCACAGCUAAGAGGUGCUAGAGUCAUAACUGCUGAAGACAUUUUAUUUCUUAUGCGAAAAGACAAGAAAAAAUUGAAAAGACUGUUGAAAUACAUGGUUUUCCGAGAUUACAAAUCCAAAAUCCUUAAAAGUAUUGACGACGAGGAAGCCCUUGAAACAGACAAAUUCAUCAGCAGCAGUGUAAACAAACGGCAGAAGCUGGCUCACAGUUUCCUCGGCUCCAUUGAUCAAACAGGAGAUUUCCUGGCCCUGUUUGAUGAUGAUGACGUUGAUGAAGUCAAGCAGGAGAGACUGGAGAGAGCUGAAAAACAGACUAGAAUGAUGGAUUGUGCACAAUAUACUGAAUUUUGUGAAAGUCGACAGCUCAGCUUUUCCAAAAAAGCAUCCAAAUUUAGGGAAUGGUUGGACUGCAGCAGUUUGGAAGUGAAGCCAAAUGCUGUUGCCAUAGAAAUCCUGUCCUACUUGGCAUAUGAGACAGUGGCACAGUUGGUUGACCUGGCUCUUUUGGUGAAACAAGACAUGACAGCUAAAGCUGGAGACCCAUUCAGCCACGCAGUGUCAGCAGCUUACAUACAGUACCAUAGUGCUACAGCUGAGGCACAUCUUCAUGGGCUGUCAGUAGCUGUAAAGACCAACCCAGAUUCACCUGAAAACACCCCUCCAUCUACACCAACCACCCCAGCCUCUGGGCAGCAGAGCCAAGGAAAGUCUCACUCAAAUACCCUUGGGAAUGGUGGAUUGGGACACAAUUCCAUCAGCAAGGCCAAACAAAGGAAAAGAAAGAAGAGUGCUGCAGCCUGUGGUUUCGAGGCUCAAAGUGAUGCCAUCCAGCCCGCCCACAUCAGAGAGGCGAUCCGACGCUACAGCCACAAGGUUGGCCCACUCUCCCCAUUCACAAGUGCCUACCACAGAAAUGGGAUGACAUUUCUAGCCUGUUGAUUGGAGAUGGCUGAAGAAACUGGAAAAGGUGGUACUGUUUUAAGACUACAAAAAAGUCUGCUGGUAAUUCCUUCAUGAUUUUAUUCAUCAUCUGAAACCCUUCAUACAAGACAUUCCCUGUGUUCUUGAAAAUGGUCUUCAGGGACUUGGAAUCAGCACCCAUAUUACAAUUGUUUUAGUUCAACAAACAUUAGUUAAAAGGAAUGUAAUAUCAAAGUAUUAAUUUAUUUUGCAGUGUUGAUUAUACAAACAAAACAGGACACCUUACAGCAGGUUGAUGUUUAAAAUGCUAGUGGAUUGUCACCAUGUACCGUUUUGGACUGAAGUAAAAUGUAAAAAAAAAAAAAAAAAAAGAAUUGACAUUAAUAAUCUAAGUAAAUGUUUAUCUCAUUAUGGAAUCUGUUCCAUUAGACCCUCAUAUAAUAUAUUAAGUUGGAGUAUUUUGUUGCUAACAUUUGUUGUUUGGAAUCCUAAAGUGGGUAACCUAUUUUUAGGGAGUCAUUGUUUUUUAUUUGUUUUUGCAUUUCAGUCAACUAUGCAGAAGGUAGCUCAAUCACAAAUGUGCAUGUGGCUACAUUUUGAUUUAUCGUUUUUGAUGAUUCAAACCAAAAUAAAAAUGGGUCCAAAUUUA